ACCUAGCUCACUCUUCCGUCUAUUUCUUUGCCGCUCACUCUCUUCGUUAAUCUCUGUCCUCCGCGGUGCUCAUUUUUUGGAUUGAAGUUCGUUUCUCAGCCAUGUAGGAAAGUUUUGUCGAUUGGCAGUUGCUUGACCUUGUAUGGUGUAGUUGUUGCGCAAAGUCUGUGAAGGAUUGUUUGUAAAAUCCUUUUGCUGCAGAUAGUCCUCUUCAGGGUCAAGCAUGGUAAGAACUCAUGGGUAACAAACCUGCAAAACAAGAGAAGAAAGAAGUUGAAGAACUCCUUUUGAGGUUUCCCCUUCCCGUUGACCCUGCUUUUGCACGUUGGCUUGCUCGUGAUAUUCAGAGGGUUGAGGGUUACACUGUCAAGAAUCCCCAGAGUUUGAAGCCACCUGAUCAUUACAUUGAGUUCAUGCGCUUGAAUGGAUGGUUAGACUUGGAUUUAGACGACCCAGAUUUAGCUCAUUUGUUCAAGUGAAAAACCGUUCUCUCCUAGUAGAUUGAAUGAGAGUGUUCAUGUUAUGGGUGGAUUGUAUAUGGUGCAUCUUUUCGUAUUGUUCUUAUAGUUUUCUUCUUAAAACUGAACCAUGAAAAUUCAUGAUGUAAACACCAUGAGAUGAAAAUUGCAUUCAGCAAAUCUGAUGUACAAUGAGGGUGAAAGCUAGUAAGUUACUAGUAUUCAAUUUUUACCAUGGAUUAAUCGAGAGAUUGAAGAUUUGGUUCUAA